UGAAUACAUACCUCCUUCACGGAAAGGGAACUGGUCAUUAUUUUAGCUGAAAUGAAACUCAAAGGAGAAAAAGAAUGGGACAAAGUAAAGGAUGCCCAUAUGAGCCCAGAGUAAAGGAAGUUGACAUCAUCUGAAAGGUUUAAAGGACUCCAGCUCCAGACAUGGCCUCCUCUUCCUUACACUCCGUCAACACGGACACCCCCAUUCUGAUCAAGCACCAUCUAUACUGCUCUAUUUGUCUGGACCUGUUUGAAAACCCCGUCACCACCCACUGUGGCCACAGCUUCUGCCAGUCCUGCCUGGGCCGCAACCUCCACUUGAAUGACCUCAUGUGCCCCCUCUGCAAGAAGCAUCUGAGGGGUAACCCGCAGGUGAACAUCAUCCUCAGGUCCCUAAUCCAAGAACUCAAGAAGGCCCAGGAUAGGAAGCCAGAGGAAUAUUCCGGAGCCUUGGGCGAGGUGGCCUGUGAUGUCUGCAAUGAGAGGAAACUCAAGGCCCAUAAGUCCUGCUUGCUGUGCCUGGCCUCAUACUGCGAGACUCACCUGCAAACCCACACCUCUGCAGACAGGCUGAAGGGCCACAGGUUGGUGGCCCCUGUGGAUGACCUGGAUGGGAGGGCCUGUCUGACCCAUGGACGACCCCUGGAGUUGUACAGCAGGGCUGAGGGUCGUUGUGUCUGUGCCCUCUGCAUGGAGGAGGGUGACGAGGUCGUCUCCACAGAAACGGAGUGGGACAAGAAGAAGGGUGAGCUGGGCAGCAGCCUAGCUGAGAUGCAGGAAAGGAUCCUGGAGAGAGAGAGAAAGGCGGAGGAGAUCAGGGAAUCCAUGGACCUCUGCAAGGCCCAACUGGACAGCGAGAGGAGGGAGAUAGACUCUGUGUUUGAAGUAGUGAUGACCACUGUAGAGGAGACCCGGCGAGAGGCUCUCAGGCCCCUGGAGAAGAGGCAACAGGACAUGGAGCGAGAGGCAGAAGAACUCACCCAAGAGCUGCAGAAAGAGAUCAGACAGCUGAGAGACAUCAUCGGUCAGCUGGAGGACGUUGCUAUCCUAGAGGAUCACAUUCACUUCCUGCAGACCUUCCCAUCUCUGUCGGGGCUGGGUGACGGUAGAGACUGGACUGAGGUCUCACUUGAUACUGAAGUCUCCUUUGGUACCAUGAGAAGCAGCCGUUCAGCCAUGAUGGAGAAAAUUGAGCAGGAGCUUGAGAAGCUCUCCUCGAUUGAACUUGAGAGGAUCCUGAAGUUUGCAGUUGAUGUGACCCUGGACCCAGACACAGCCAACAUACAGCUGGUUCUCUCUGAGGACGGGAAAGAGGUGAGAGACGGAGGGAAGAUACAGGACCUCCCUGACCGUCCGGAUCGCUUUGAUCACUUCGGCAGCGUGCUGGGGCACAACAUGUUAACGUCUGGGAGAUCAUACUGGGAGGUGGAUGUCGGGAACAAGACAGGUUGGGAUCUGGGAAUUGCAAGAGGAGAUGCCAACAGGAAGGGGCAACUCUCUGUGAAUCCUACUAAUGGUUACUGGGCAAUUGUGCAUUAUAAUGGGGACCAAUACGGAGCCUUGGGGGACCCUCCUUUUCUCUUGUCACUGAUGGAGAAACCCCAGAAGGUGGGGGUGUUUGUGGAUUAUGAGGAAGGGUUGGUGUCUUUUUAUGAUGUGGAAGCUAAGGCUCAUAUAUAUUCUUUCACUGGGUAUUCCUUCACUGGGGAAAUGUAUCCAUAUCUUAGCCCACAUCUUCUGAAUGGGAAGAAGAACUCAGAUCCACUGGUCAUCACAGAAAUAGGCUGAUCAAUCAUUGUUUGGCAUUGAAGGUGAAAGACUUGUUUCAGGCUAGGAUUAGGGCUACAGACAAGUUUAGGGUUGGGUUAGGGUCAGAUACAAAUAUUGUACUUUAUUACAAAUAUAAAUAUUUGAAUUAAUAGUUUUGUACACCGUACCUUCAGAAAAUUCACACACUAUUUCCACAUGUUGUUGUGUUACAGCCCGGAUUUAAAAUGUAUUAAAUUGAAACGUUUUGUCACUUGCCUACACACAAUACCGCAUAAUGUCAAAGUGGAAUUAUAUUUUUAGAAACUUUUACAAAUUAAUAAAAAAUGAAAAUCUGAAAU